AAGAGUCAUCAAUCAGGAUUAUUACAUCGAUCCGGUCUCUCAAGGAUAGAGGAUUCGGAGGCGAUCGAAACAAAUGUCACAUGAUUGUGCGAAUUUGCAUGACUUGCUUUCAUAAUAGAAUUAGUGAUCAAAUUUUUAUACAGACAGAAAUUAAAAGACAGAAAUGACAGAAUAUUAUAUGAAAGUUCAAUCACAAAAUAAAUUUUAGUACUUCCAAAAAAAAUGAUUAUAAACUUUUAUUUUAAAAUGUUCAAACUGCAGAAAAAUCGAAAUAUAUUUAAUAAGCCAACGAUUGCAUUAUCAUUGUGAUAUCUUUACAUUAUGCUGUAAUCUUCCUUGCAGCCAAAAUUUCUGCUGAAUCAUAAUCAUUCUCUAUAUUUUCUAAUACUACAGCGCGCUAUGAAUCAGUGUAAUGACUUUUCGUAAAGAAAAAAACAUAAUUAAAAUGAUCGAUAUCUUCUUUAAUCCGAUUGAAAAUAUUAACAAAUACCUAUAUGAUUUACGAUAUUAUUAAUCGUUUUAUAAAGAAAAAUUUUCAACAACGCGCGGUUUGCAUUCAACAGAAAUUUAUCAAUGAAGUCAUGUAUGUGAAUGACAUCGGAGCGCAACGCGCAACACGAUCCACCUGCCGCGGAGAACAGUCGGCGCAACGUCGCGCGUCGUUUACGUCGUACGCGACUCGACUCGUCGCGAUUGGCUAGUCGUUCUGCGCACGUUGUCGUGCUCACGAAGGCCGUGACGUCAGGGUACCAUCGGCCAAUGCCGUCUCGCAGAUCCGCAGUGUUGGUCGGUGUUCGUAGUGAGAGCGUGCGUGCGAUACGCGAGAGUGUGUGCGUGCAUUCGAUGGGUACGCGAGAAGCCACGCGGAACGGUGGAAACGCGAGGACGACCUGGACGACGGAGCCAGCAUCUUGACUCGCGUGACGACGCGUCGCGAAACGGCGUCAGAUACGCGGCGAUAUGUUAGUCGAGAUAUACGUUUGAAAGGGACAGUUGGUCGCGCGCGUGCUACGCGUACUUGCAAUUAGUGGAACGGUGGUCAGGAGGGAAAGGGAGAGGAGAUAGGGGAACUGUGGAAAAGAGCGAGAGCCAGAGCCAGAGUCGAGAGACUUGGUGGUGGAAGAGGAGGAGGCAAAUGCGUCUGGCUGUGGCGCGACACACACUCACACACGCGACUGACGCGACGGGAGCGAACGGGAGAUCGCGGGGGUGAGGGAGAGUAGAUAUAGCGUGGAGUAUAGUAUCGCGCCGCACCUGACAGUCCACGCGGCCCGGCCCCCGAAAAACAUUCUCGCCACGCUAUAUACACGCGAGGACCGCGCCGUGUUUCACUCGGAACGCGAGCGCCAUUGGCAAUGUCGGGAAGUGACAGCCCAACAUUCUUUCACGGCCAGCCCUGGUCCAGCUGGAUCGAAAGAAUCGGACGGGACAAGCCGCUGAGCGAUGAAGAAACAGAAGUCCAACCAUCAAACUCAGUCACACGUCUUUCUUCAGAUGAUAUCGAUUUGUAUGGCUUUUGUCCAGAGAGGGACGAUUUCUAUGGAGUAGUAUGUGAAAUAUGCGAUGCCAUAGUGAAACCGCAAGCUCUCAUUCAACAUAUAGAGUGUCGCCAUUCCGGCAUGGCAAAUUUUCCGCCACCCACGACCCCAGUCACAAAACCGUCCAUAAAAACUCCCUUCUGCAAGGUCUCCAAGCUGAAGAGAAACACUCAACCAUCAGUUCCUUCAGUUUCUGCUUCAAUUCCCAUCGUUGGUAGCGCGAAGCUGAACCACACGACCGUUAAGCGUACUGCGGAUCAGGCGAACUUGUCUGCAGGUGGCUCUCUGCCGAUCUCCUCGUCACCCCGAUCGCCUCUUGAAUCGAUCACGGUACAAACUACCUCUUCUAACAUAGCUGGUUCUUCGAAUAUUAUCAGUGCAUCUACAAGCAGCGGAGGGAGUCCGAGCAAAAGCCCUGGUCCCAGCAGUAACAGUGGCAGCAAUCAGCCUCGUCGGAAGAGGCUUAAAACGGAUCGCUCGUUGCUCAAAGAUCGCGAAUAUGAUCCCGAUCGGCAUUGCGGUGUGUUGAACGAGGAGACCGGCAAGCCCUGCACCAGGUCACUCACAUGCAAAGCGCACACUGUCUCGCUGCGCCGAACGGUCGUCGGUCGCAGCAAGACCUUCGACAAGCUCCUCGCGGAACAUCGUGCCGCGAAGGAGCAGCCGAAUAACGGCGGUAGCCGGCAGACAACGAAGGUGACGGUCUCUGGAACCGUCACUGUAUCCUCGGCCGUUACCGCCGCCGCCGCCGCCGCCGCCGCCGCCGCAACCGCCACCACCGUAUCCAACCUGAAUAAUCCUCUUGCUCCCAACACUCCAGUAUCUAUUGCCGACUCGGAAACGCCGAGCUCACCGCCUGUACUAUCGUUACCGGACACGUAUCCACUGCCAAAGGCUGUUGAUUUGCUUUAUCGGUGUCUGGCCCCGCAUGGCUCCACUAAACCUACCAAACUCGAAGAGGACUUUGUCAAUUCGGAGGAGCUGCGGAACCUAGAGUCCACGCUGGUGGUCAAUUCUACCAUCACUGGCAACAGUAGUAGCAACAGUAGCAGCGGCUCAUCGCAACAGCAAUCAAGUUCGAUGAUGGCACCAAUAUCCGUAAUGCUACCGUCACUAUCCCCAUUACCGGGUACCAACAGCGAAGAGUCAUCAGGAAUAGCCACCUUGAUACCAAGUACUACCACGACGCCCACAAUGCCAGUUGUACCGGCACCACUGCCAACCACUUGCAUACAACCACCGACGGUAGUCACCACUGUGCUCGAAGGCGAGACUCCUGUGGACAUCGAUGCCGAGACCAUAUCCAUGUACUCGCCCGUUUACACUACCAAAGACGCUAAAUCCCAGCUACUAAUGCAGAUACAGUCACGGUCAAAUAGCCAUUCAUCACAGUCACCCCUCUCAGUCAGGAACUAUCAGCAGAUGCAAGUUUCCAUGCCGAGUCUGAAUUUGUUCGAACCGGUGGAACAGCUGGAACAACAGCAUGCCAGUCAGAUCAACGGCAAGAGACUGAAUCAUGCGAGCUCAGUAUCGCGGCAACAGAAAAGGCACAAAUCGCAACAUGAGCAACUGUGCCAAUCGUCGCAAGAUUUUCCAACGUCUGCGUCGAUCCAGGUCGAAGCAACGACCACAUCCUCGCCAUAUCCUCAUUUCGGCGAUAUCUCCUGGUCAAAUUGUCAUCCGGAGCCAUUGGCGGUUAGUCGGUGGCUCCGCAUCUCUUCCAGCCGCAAACAAUACAACUUCAAUAUUCACUGACAUAAGACCCCACCCACUCCGGGCUGAGGACCGUGUGCCGCGGGCGUCGUUUGUCUACCUCUUUAUCUUCAUGCGACCCCCUUUUUCUUCAUCGUCGCCCACGUCAUUAUCCUAAUCAUCGUCGCUACACAGUCGAUGUUGCGUCCACAGCCCG